UCUUUAUCCAAUAUGUGAAAAGAUUUGAUUCUUUUCCCCAACAAUACUUGAAUCUGACUGUUUUGGAUAUAGCAUAGGAGAAUGCCACUGCCUGCUUCCCCCCAGUCUGCCAGCCAUCUUUUGAAGGUGUCAUCGCUUGUUGUGGAGUAGUGACUAAAUGUCACCUGAUCCCCGUUGACAGCUGUUGCUUUGCCCCCGCACCCUUUACGGAGACAAAAAUGGCAGCUGGGAUUCCAUUGGGGUCAUGUGACCUACUAAGAAUAGCCUUGUAGGCUCAGGACAGGGAAUGAUAUCAGAAAGAAGUCAAGAUCUGGACAGGCAAAGUAGAAAAAGAGAAGCAAGCUUGGUGGACGGAGGGAAAUUCCUGAAGUGGAAAUAAAACAGGAAGAGGCCAAGGUGUAAAAGCCAGGAAGGAGAGAGGCCAGUACUGCCAAGGCGGGGGUGGUGGAGCAGGCAGGCAGAAUAAGGCAGAGAGAGCAGAGAUUGACAAGGCAGGCAUUGAGACUUAGGGAAAGCGGAGGGGGUCAUCCAUCCAGCCCAUUGGAGUGUGCUGUGGGCAAGAAUCAGUGUUGCGGGGAUGAACUUUGCCGUGGGCUUCAAGCCGAUGCUGGGGACUUCACAGAGCAUGGAUAACCUGGAGAAGCAGCUUAUCUGCCCCAUCUGUUUGGAGAUGUUCACCAAGCCAGUGGUCAUCCUGCCCUGCCAACACAACCUCUGUCGUAAGUGUGCCAACGACAUCUUUCAGGCCUCCAACCCCCUGUGGCAAUCCCGUGGAUCUACAUCAGUGUCUUCAGGAGGCCGAUUCCGGUGCCCAUCCUGUCGGCAUGAAGUGGUGCUGGACCGGCAUGGAGUUUAUGGCCUGCAACGCAAUCUUUUGGUGGAAAACAUAAUUGAUAUCUACAAGCAAGAAUCCUCUCGGUAAGUUAAAUGUAGAAUCCCAUAAUUUCUUUGCCAAGUUUGGGGACCCCUGACUCAAGUGGUGUGAGCCCAGCCAUUAAGUUUCACCUUCCUAUUUCUUCAGGGGGAGCUGAGUGAUGGCAUUGCCAUGCUAGUGGCAGGGAAUGACCGUAUCCAAGCCAUCAUCACCCAGAUGGAAGAGAUCUGUAAAACUAUUGAGGAUAAUGCUCGGCGACAGAAGCAGCAUCUUUGUCUGCGCUUUGACUCUUUGUACAGCAUCCUGGAGGAACGCAAGAAAGAGCUGUUGCAAGAAAUCGGACGAGAGCAAGAGGAAAAAGUCCAAAGGGUGCGGGGGCUCAUCCGGCAAUAUGGAGACCACCUUGAGGUCUCCUCUAAGCUGGUUGAGUCAGCCAUCCAAUCCAUGGAGGAACCCCAGAUGGCCCUCUAUCUGCAGCAGUCAAAGGAGCUGAUCAAAAAGAUCACAGACAUGUCCAAGGCAUCCAUGGAUAGCCGGCCUGAAUCUGGCUAUGAAAACAUGGACCAUUUCUCUAUCAAUGUAGAUCACGUUGCUGAAAUGCUGAGAACUAUUGAAUUUCAGACAGAUAUUUCUGGAGAAGAAACUGAGUCUGAAGGAAUUAUCCCAGAAGGAAGUGUUGAAGCUGGAGAGGAAGACCAUCCAGAAGGAUCAGAGGGGCCUGAAGGAGCAGAAGAUGGAGAGAACCUGUCUCGAUUCAGACCAAAGCCACCUAAUAUACCAUCUCGGGGACAACACUGAAAAGUCACUUUGAAGACAGAAGCAGUUGGAGAAUGUUCCGGUCAGCCCCAUCCCAUGCUUCUUCCCCCACUCCAGCAGACGUUUUUCUUGCUUCCCACUAAAUUUUCUUUCUCUGUGCAUCUUUUUCUUGCUUCCUUCUAUGCUCUUUUUCUCCCUAUACCAUUUGGCUUUUUAAUAUAUGGAGAUAAUAAAGUUGUGAGUUAUUUUUGCUAACAGCAAUUCUGGCAAGGUUCGUUGGGUGAGAGAGAUUCU